AUGAACCACACCAGCAACGAUACCCAAGCCGUCAAGCUUUCAGGCGAGGAAGUGGGCAAGCACAACUCGCGCGAGAGCUGCUGGGUCAUCAUCCACGGGCGUGCCUACGAUGUAACUGAGUUCCUACCUGAGCACCCCGGUGGCGCCAAGAUUAUCCUCAAGUACGCCGGCAAAGAUGCCUCGGAUGAGUAUGAUCCAAUUCACCCGCCAGACACGCUCGACAAGUUUCUGGACAAGAAGUUCCAUCUGGGCGAGGUGGACAUGAACACGGUGGAGCAGGAGACGAAGGAGGAGGAUCCGGAGGAGCAGGAGAGGCAGGAGCGGAUCAAGAGGAUGCCGAUUCUGGAGCAAUGCUACAAUCUUAUGGACUUCGAGGCUGUGGCGAGGAGGGUCAUGAAGAGGACUGCAUGGGCAUACUACUCAAGUGGUGCAGAUGACGAGAUUACAAUGCGAGAAAACCACUCCGCCUUCCACAAGAUCUGGUUCCGUCCCCGUGUGCUCGUCGAUGUAGAAAAGGUGGACUUUUCGACUACGAUGCUAGGCACGAAAGUUGACAUCCCCUUCUACGUAACCGCGACCGCGCUCGGGAAGCUAGGAAACCCGGAAGGCGAGGUGAUCCUCACGCGCGGCGCGAAGAAGCACAACGUGAUCCAGAUGAUUCCCACGCUCGCCUCCUGCUCCUUUGACGAGCUUGUAGACGCCGCAGAAGGCAAUCAAGUGCAAUGGCUACAGCUGUACGUCAACAAGAACCGUGACAUCACGAAGCGGAUCGUCGAGCACGCCGAGAAGCGCGGCUGCAAGGGCCUCUUCAUUACAGUUGACGCGCCCCAGCUCGGCCGCCGCGAAAAGGACAUGCGCUCCAAGUUUUCGGAUGUCGGCUCGAACGUGCAGUCCACGGGCGGCCACGACGUUGACCGCUCCCAGGGCGCCGCUCGCGCUAUUUCUUCCUUCAUCGACCCGGCUCUCAGCUGGAAGGACAUCCCCUGGUUCCAGUCCAUCACCAAGAUGCCAAUCCUCCUCAAGGGCGUCCAGCGCGUCGAGGACGUCAUCCGCGCCAUCGAGGCGGGCGUCCAAGGCGUCGUGCUAUCCAACCAUGGCGGCCGGCAGCUCGACUUUGCACGCUCCGGCAUUGAGGUUCUGGCGGAGGUGAUGCCUGUCCUGCGCGAGCGCGGCCUGGAGGAUAAGAUCGAGAUCUACAUCGACGGCGGCGUGCGGCGCGCGACGGACAUCAUCAAGGCGCUAUGUCUAGGCGCCAAGGGCGUCGGUAUUGGCCGCCCGUUCCUGUUCGCCAUGAGUGCGUACGGCUUGCCCGGCGUCGACAGGGCGAUGCAGCUGCUAAAGGACGAGAUGGAGAUGAACAUGCGGCUUAUUGGCGCCGCGAAGAUCGAGGACCUCGAUCCGACGAUGGUGGACACGAGAAACCUUAGCUCACACACGACGGUUGUGCCGACAGAUACGUUGAGUUUAGGUGCUUAUGAUGCGCUUAUUGGGCCGAAGGAGAAGGUGUCGGCGAAGUUGUAG